CUCUGCUCAUCAUGUUGAUCGAUUUAUCUAUCCCUCGUUGAUGGUGACGAGUUCGUAUUCGGUGGACGAGACGUCGUUGCCCUCGUUGAUCUCGAAUUUGGCCUCCUCCUCGGCCUGGACGAUCUUGCCCCACUUGUCGACCUCCAGCCGGAUGUGGCCCUUGAACAUCUGGAUCUUGCCGUUGCGCACCACGAUCGUCUUGCCAGGCUGGCACGUCUCGAUCUGCUCGCCGCGCAGCGUCAACGUCACCAUGCCCGUGUCGUCGCCUGACAGACAGUUGGUUGGCCAACACACACAACACACCCACACCCACACCCACACACACAUCGAGACACACAGAAGACAGUCAGGUCCAAGUGCAUGGUUUCCCAUUCAUCGCAUCGUGUGUGCCUCUGCCUGGUCUGGUGUCUGUCUGCCCUACCGGCGAUGGCCUCUCCGAUGCGCAUCUUGCUGCCGUCCUGGCGGUCCUUCUCGAGUUUGGUGUGUGAGGUCUUGACCUUGAGGAUGACAUUGACGCCCCUGGAGUCAGGCUGCAGCUGGUCCACCUUGAUGAAGGUGGGCUUCUUGAGCACUAUGCCGUUCGACGCCAUCGCUCUGCUGUGGUUUGCUCGGGAGUGGGAAAUGGGAGUUCGCGCUCAACCGACAGCUCCUCGGCGGGCUUCACAGUCGUCUGUUUGCGUCGUCUCAGCCCAAAGUGUCCAGAUCGCUGGCCGUUCAGCUCGCAUCUUGGACAGAG